AUGAAAACCAGAAGCGGAGGCCAUGAUUAUGAGGGGCUUUCCUAUGUGGCCAAUUCAAACCAACCCUUCUUCGUUGUUGACAUGUUCAAGUUAUGCUCCGUAAAUAUAAGUAUUGAAGAUGAAACUGCAUGGAUCCAAGCUGGUGCGACUCUUGGUGAAGUCUACUAUCGAAUUGCUGAGAAAAGCAACACGCAUGCUUUUCCCGCUGGAAUUUGCCCUACUGUUGGAGUUGGUGGCCAUUUUAGUGGUGGAGGAUAUGGUAACUUGAUGACAAAAUAUGGCCUCGCCGUCGAUAAUAUUGUUGAUGCUCAGUUAAUCAAUCGAUGUGAAUGGAAAGCUUCUGAAUAG